CAGAGGAGGGACUUUGUCGGGGGGCUGGGCUGCGGCAGAGUUUUAACGGAGCCGGGACAGGGCUUCCCGCAUUCGGGGCCAGGAGGCUGCAGCGUGCGGCCGCGCAGGGGACAAGGGGAAGGAUGCAACUGGAGUAUCCCGCUCCGGCCUCCUCUCUGCGCGUCCCACCCGAGCCAGGUGCCUGCAGCAACCUGGGCAUGGUGCUGGCGCCAUACGCGGGCAGCACGGCAGGCAGGGGCCAGCCCCCGGCCGGCGAGCCCGCCAAGCCGCCCUACAGCUACAUCGCGCUGAUCACCAUGGCCAUCCAGAGCACGCCGGAGAAGCGGAUCACGCUGAACGGCAUCUACCGCUACAUCAUGGGCCACUUCACCUUCUACCGGGACAACAAGCAGGGCUGGCAGAACUCCAUCCGCCACAACCUCUCGCUCAACGAGUGCUUCGUCAAGGUGCCCCGCGACGACAAGAAGCCGGGCAAGGGCAACUACUGGACGCUGGACCCCGACUGCUACAACCGCCGCUUCACCCGCAAGCGAGGCCGAGGAGACGCGCCGGGCGCCGAGGCCGAGGAGACGCGCAAGAAGCCGUCCAAGCCCCGCGCGCGGCAGGUCCCCCCAGCCCGAGCCCCAGCCCCGGAGAUCAAGACCGAGGGUGGCUAUUCCCCGCUAGAGCCAAGCGGUGCCAGCCAGACGCUCUCCGGGGAGGCACAGGGCGAUGCCAAGGAGCGUGCCCAGAGCAGCGUGGAUCCCGGUGCCCGGUGCCCGGAGCAGCCCAGGAAGUACCUGCAGAAGCCCCGGCAGGCGUGCUUGUACCUGCCGGAGGGGCCGGAGCCCAAGCCCCAGCUCUUUAAGGAGCCGUGCUACCCGCUGCCAGAGAGCCGGGGGCAGGAGCCGCCCCUGCUGAAGGAGCCCAUCUUUGGGGGGCUCCAGCCACACAUCCCGAUGCCUCGACUGAGCCCCUACACCAGCCCUGGGGAGCGCUUGAGCCAGGCGGCCCCUGAGAUCAAGGACUCGCUGCCGGAUGCACUGCUCACUGAGAGCGUGCUGGAGACCAAGGAGCCGGCAGCCCCCGCCCUGGGGCUGGCUCAGCCCUUCAGCCAGGUGGCCCCGGGGUUCGCCGCCCCGCUGCUGGGUCGCGAGGCCUACGUCAAGCCGGCGCUGCCCGUGUUCGGCUCCUUCGGCUGCGCGGGCACCGACGCCCUGAGCGGGAAUUACCAGUGCCGUGUGCAGGCGCUGAGCUUCUGCAUGAACGAGCGCCCGUGCAGCUCGGCCCUGGAGCACAUCCUCAGCUCGGCCCAGCCUGCUGGCCCCGGGGCGCCCGUGCAGCCGCCCCCCUUCCACCCAGCCCUCCAGCUGCCCGGGGACCAGAAGGAGUCCUGGCCCGGGGGCGCCUUCCCCCUGCAAGGGGGCAACAGCUACCACCUGGGGCUGCCCAAAUGCAUCUACCGGACACCGGGCAUGUUCUUCUUCGAGUGACGGGAGCAGGCUGAGGGAGAGAGAGACGCUCCGUGUAAGUUAUUGCCUCCCGCUGGGGACUGCCCGGCACAGCCCGCACGCACCCGGCUGCCGGGGGGAUCCCUGGGGGUCCGACACUGCCACCAACCCCUUUGCCCCAGCUUGUAUCCUACGGGACCGGGGACAGACUCGGUGCCAGCCUGCGGAAUAAAGCACAUU